AUGCCUGCGCCGUUGCAAGACGAGCCGACGCAGGAUGUGGAAGAAAGUAGCUCUUCAGAAAGCACCCAGAGACUAUCGCUAGAAGACUUGCCGACGGAAGUACAGGGCAAAGUCAUCGACUACAUCUUCGGCGAUAUGCAUUCGGUGUCUCGCAACACCCACUCGCUACGUGGCAAGAACGUGUCCAGUCUCAUGCGUCAUCCACGUCGCAAAGCGGUGUCAGACCUGGCAUUAGUCUCCCGGGAGUUUCGUACGCUUGUGCAGGAGCGCAUCUACCGCCACAUCAAGAUCAAAGGGACCCGAGGCGGGCUCAAGGAAUGCGAGGACUUCUUUUCAGACAAUUGGGAUCUCAGGAAGUACGUCCGUCACAUCGAGGUCUGGGUGCCAGUAUGGGGCGACAAAGGUAGCCUAGCAAAUGACGAGUCUUUCGCUGUACUGCGCACAGGAGCGCCACGGCAUUUCAACUACCCUUUGGCCCACCAACCAGAGGAAAUGGCCGUGGAUCGCUUCGGUCUAUUCGUCAGACCAGUCUCGUCAACCACGGCCACACUCGAGGAGAUUUUUGACCACAUCGCUGUAUUCUUCGCGUUCGCAAAGGUGUUUACACUCGAAGGCGGUCACUGUAAGAAGUCGAAUAUGAUACGGCAUUUCAAAAACACUCUUGUGCCAGCAAAGACCCUGACAAAACUCCCCUCGAUCCGCACCUUCGCGAUACGUGGUGCCUGGAACGUCAUGCGCGACUACAACCAUUGGCCGCACCUUCAGGAAGCGCUUCCCAAUGUCGAAGAGUGGCAUUGCAGCUACGCCAAACCUCGUCUUGAGGCCGAACUCGUGAUCAAUUACAUCCUUCUCAGCCCGCCGCACCAAUGGCGCAGUGUCAAUAUCUGCCUCGACGGUAUGUACAGUAAAGACACAAGCACGCUCAGCUCGUCCUCUAAAAUCGGCGACGCUAAGCAGCUGCACCUAUGCGAGCGUCUUGGCGACCUGAUCCCACAGCUCGAAUCUCUUAGCUUCACUGGUAAAGUCUGCGAAUGCCUGUGGAUGCAUGCUCUCAAGCGCCUCAACAAGUCACGCACGGAUUGCCGCUUACAAAGCCUCGAGAUCGUUGUGAAGUCCUGCUGCCGCCGGCGCGUUACCACAGUCGAUACGGUCACUGGCGAAGAGCUCGAGGAAGAGAUUGGCGGGUUCAUGGCCGACACCGCAGGCAUCUCGAAUCUGGUCUUCAUCAAAGCGUUCGAGCGCCUUGUUCUCGGCACGGUUGAAGCCCUCAAAUGGGCAGUAAACCUGAAAUACGUCCGCAUUCGCUACAUUGACCUAGACUCCGAGUGCACACAUCUGAAUCCGUACUGGAUCCUCGACGGCGACUAUGUCUGGGGCAUCUGGUCAGAGGAGAUCGUCGAGCGCCUGGGCGAGUGUCGGCCAAGCGCACAGUUCGUGGAGCUAGGAGACGGCAUCCAGAUGGGCGGCGGCUCGAAUGGCAAAGUCACCGAGGAGUCCUCCACGACAGCGGAUGAAGAAGGCGAGCCUGGGUCCCAGUAUGGACCAAUGAUCAAUGCCGCAGUGAAUGCACCUGGCGCGGGGGGUUUGAUCGGUCCAGCGGGCCAUCACGCCGGCCAUGGCUAUACUAUCCACGGUCUCCUGAACCCUCCCCAACCUCAUCCGCAUGGCGGAGGAGUGGAAAGGAGUGUGACGAGUCUGUAUCCGAGGUUAAAGCCGAAAAGCAUCAAGACGAGUAGUUACAAGAUUCUGGCGGAGGCUAGGGGGAGUUGA